AAUGAAUGGCGAAGACAAACUCAUAUAGCCGACCUAAAAUGAUUGGGACAUAAGUCUUGGAUUGGUUUGGUUUGGUUACAAAUAUUGCAGCGAUGCUAUGCUUGCUGCGAGAGAGUGGUAUGACAAUGCUGAGUUGGAGAAGAGUUUGGAGGAUUCAUUAUAUUGCUGUGAUAUUGAUAACGAGAGAAAGAUACAGACUGAUGAGGUAUAUGGUGAUAUUGCGAGAAUGUUUACCGAUGAUAAGUUGAUAUCUGUUCAAGAAGAAGGUAAUAUGAUACUCCAUCACGAAUCUAAGGUAAUUUGCAAUGCUUUUCCUUGUACUUUAGAAGGUAAUAUUUCCCAAAAAAAACCACUGAUGGUUUCUCCUAGGGUUGUUCUUUUUUCUGGGGACGGGCGUGUCAA